AUGGCAGCUGUGGAUGAGAGUAAAUACGAAAGUCUUCUGAAUGAGUUACCUUCAAGUGAAAGAUAUAAAAAACUGAGCAGUAUAAAUAACCCGGGGCAAUAUGAAAGUUACUGUAACAGGAGUAGUAUGCAAGGCACUGAUAAAAAGCAUUUAAAAGCUUUAUGUGCCAAGUCUGUGGGAAAUUUGAAGAAUUUAAGAAAUUUGGAGAAUCUUGAAAAGACACAUGAUGAUCGUUGUACAUUUUACACAUUCUGGGUGUAUAAGGAACUAUCGAAAAUAUUCAAAGGAUCGAGUAGUAAAAUUGAUUAUCAAUUUUUUAAUGAACUUGAUGAUAUACUGCUUAGAGUUAAUUUAAAUGAAUUAAAUAAAGUAUAUUGUGACUUUAAAAUAGAGCCUGACUUAAAUAAUUGGAAUGAAAAAAGAAUGUUACAUGAUUUUUUUAAAAACAGUGAAACAAUUUAUCAAUGUAUUAUUUCUGAAAUAAGUGGUUGCAGAGAAAAAUAUUGCAAUUAUGUCGUUGAUGUGAAAAGACUAUAUGAUAAAUAUAAACCUCUUUGCUUAUGGGAAGAAGUAUGUGAUUACUUUGAUUUUAAUAAGAAAAAUCCUUAUGAAAUAUUAGCUAAAUUAAAAUGUAUUGGCUAUGAAAAUGUAGAAGUACCAGUUGACGAAGGAAUUGAUACUUUUUAUUCGACUCCAAAAAGGCCAACUGUGCGUACAGGAACAUUUCGAUUAUUAGGAACUUCACGUACUGGUGAUGAGACCGUUUCAUCAUAUAAAAAUUAUAAAUGCAAUUAUACGCUUAGUGAUGAUGGAGAAAUUACUAAUUUAUCAGGAUGUAUUGAAGUUCCAUCGAACGAUGAAGAUUUGGAAGAAAGUUCAAGAUUUCCAGUAUUAGAUGAAAAUGAUUAUUCUGAUUAUGCGCAUAAUUUUGCAGGAGAUAUUGAUACUAUUAAAGAUUAUGAAAGUCCUUUGGAAGUAAAAAAGGGUUUUUUGAGUUGGCUAAUGCAUUUGAAAAGUAGUAAAUAUGUUUUUAUUUUAGGAUCAUUAUUCUUAGUUAUGCUCAUUGGUUAUAAAUUGAUUAAUUUAAAGGGAAGUGUAACUAAGAGGAAAACUAAGAAAUCUAAAACAAACAAUAAAAUUUAUGAUGAAUAUGAUAAUACUUUUUCCGAAUAUAACCCUUAUAAUAUGAACAUGGAUUACUAUGAUGAUGGAUAUAAUAUGCAGUAUUAUUCUGCUUGGGAUUAUUAG